AUGAGGGCUGCAAUGGAAGCUCAAGAGUUCAGCUCUGGACCUGUGAAGUCUGAGAUGCUCAUGAGCCUUGCGAGUGGAGACGUCAAAGAGGCAGACAAACAGUCCAAGGAGGACUCCCUUCAGCUGCCAAAGGUUCUGUGGUUCCUCAACGUCAUGCAGCAAAGACCGUGGUUCCCUCCUGGCUGCUGGACCCACGUGCAGUGGUGCGAGGGCUCAGGGAGUCACAGACCACAGGGGCACACAGGAGUCCUGAAGUCUCCCAAGAGAACCAUUCGGGGUGUUCAGACGUCACCUAACCCUCUGCCCCAGCGCGGGGCUCCUGGUGCCCAGUCUCCUACUGCCACCUCCCUCCCCAAGGUGGCCAGAUGCCCCCAACCCAAGCUCGCCCACAAGCCGCCUGAAGACCCUUUGGCAGAUUCUGCAACCAACUCAGCAAACCAGAACAAGUGGCACCGCUUCCCAGACCGGCCUCUGGAGACGACGAGAGCAGCAGCCAGCCUCCUGGAGCAGGACCGAAGGAAAACAGCCUUCGCGAAUCUCCAGAAUCAAUUGUCCUAA